AUGGUAUGGAGUGCUGACUUAAAAGGCAAAUUUUCAACAUCCGCAGCUGUGGAAAGAAUUAGGUCAAGAGAACCAAAAGUUAAUUGGCCUGCUUACAUAUGGAAACCAUUUUUACAUCCAGCUAUUGCAAGCAAUAUUUGGAAACUACAACAACAAAUUUAUGUGGAUGAUAAAGUGAUGAUAAAGAAUGGUUUUGAAGUAGUCUCAAGAUGUUGCAUAUGCACUGCAGAGCAAGACUGUAUGGAACACACACUGUGGAAAUGUCAGUUUAGUAUAAAUGCAUGGGCUUGGAUCUGUUCAAUCUUUGAAUUUGAGAUUCCUCAAUCCUUUAUUGAUGUCUGCAAAUUAGCUCACCACAAGAGUCCUCUGAGUAAAGAAGUAUGGAUGAUUGUUGCUUGCUCUAUUAUAAAAGAACUGUGGUUUCAAAAGAACAAGAAGCUCUUUGAAGAAAAAUCUCCUCAGCUCAAUGAAUUUAAAAGAAAAAUAUGGCAAUUUGUAUAUGAGGGUGGUUUCAGGAUGAAAGACACCAAAUGGGGACAAAGCUAUGAUCAGCAUAUUAUUGAUAUUUUCCAACUGGGUGUUAGACAAAUCAAAUACAGUUACAUCAAAGAAUGCUUUUGGAAGGCCCCAGAUCAAAAUUUUAUAUUAUUCUGUUGUGAUGGCUCUUCAUUUGGUAAUCCUGGUGCAGCUGGUUUUGGUAUCAUUGCCAGGGAUUCUUCAUGUGAGGUCAUUGGAGAAAUGUCAGGGGGAGUAGGGACUGCAACAAACUAUAUAGCAGAGAUUCUUGCAGUGAUCUAUGCACUUGAAUGGGCUUUUGUGUUGAAAGCUCAAAAGGUAAUAAUCAGAUCAGACUCAAAAACUGUUAUUAAUGACUUCUGCAAUGAUUGUGUUCCUUGGAUGUUUAGAGCAAGAUGGCUAAAUGCAAAGCAAAAUUCGGAGAACAUCAUCUUUCAACACUGUUUCCGUGAAGUUAAUUUUUCUGCAGAUGAUCUAGCCAAAAGAGGAGCAGGCCUGAGAGCUGGUGAAAGAAUAAUCCAUAAUGGAAGGCCCAGUUUCUUAAAAGGAGUUGAAAUGCUCAAUAUUGUCUAUUAUAGGAUUUGCUAG